UGCUUUCGGCAGGCAUGAGCCUGGGGGGGUGGACCGCUCCUGCUUCCCCGGUUGCUUAGACACGGAGGAUUCAAUCCUGCCCCUGUGAACCGCCGGUCCCGGAGAAAGAGCAGCGCUUCCACUGUAAUGGCUCCUUCACGUCUGCAUGCACCAGAUAAAUCCGCACAAUUUUCGCCUCCCAUCUACAGGACUAUGAGUUAACUGGGUGAUUUGUAUGUUAUAUAUCUAUCACCUGGAUGCGGUCUGAAAUCUGAAGGAUACGUGUCUUCUGGAGCUCGACCCUGGAAACGAGCUUUCCCGCAGCAGUCGGUCAGCUGAUCCCGAAGCGAUCCUGUUUGCCAGCCAGGCUCACUUGUGCUGGAUCGAUGGCGUUCUGCUUGGCGGAGUUACAUCUGUGGUCCACCCGGAGUGGCCUGAACGUCUCGGACACUGAUAUUGGAACAUACCAGUACUACGAUAAGGGAGAACCAGCUACCCUGCUGGAGCAGCACUACUUUCAUGAGAAGCAGCAGUUGGCAGAGGGUCGCGGGUACUCCUGGACCCCUAAGAACCAGCGUCCUGAGAAGCUGCGGGACUCCCUCAAGGAGCUGGAGGAGUUGCUGCAGUCCAGCCCAUGUGUCGACUGGCAAUGGCGGAACACGCGGACCUGUCAGCUGUUGCUGAGGUCCAGGGUUCUGGUGACCCUGACUCUGACUGGGCCGCAGCUGGAGCGGAUCACCAUUGACAGGGCCCUAGUGGGCCGGAUACCAGCGGGCACCAUCAGCGACGCCCUGAUCACGGAACGUUUCCUUCUCCUCACCUUCAUCGAGAAGAGCCAGGUCUGCCUGGUCCAGCUGAACAGACGUGAUCAAGGCUCACCGGAGCUCAGCCGUCGAGUGGAGAAGCUCUCACCCUCGGAGCUGAAGGUCUUCUGUGCCGACCUGCCCGGCCCGGUGGGGCGCCGACUGGCCCGCAGAAUCGGCCUGAACGGCCCGCAGGACGUGGCAGUGUGCUGGUGGCCGGCCGUGGACCAAGAGCCCUGGCUGUGGUCCCCCAUCCCCAGCGAGGGCGACCGGGCCAACUUGGUGUUGCUGAGCUGCGGGGAGGCAGCCAGUGGCCUCAAGGUUCUGAGCUGCGUGCGGACCGAGGGCAACCCGCUGGACUGCUGCUUCAGCCUCCGGCAGCCAUACCACAUCCUCACGCUGGAGCUGGCGGCAGGCGGAGGCGGGGCGGUGCUCAGCUGCAGGUUCGAGUGCGCACGCGGGCACCCCCAGCGCCUCUCGACGGACCGCGUGUCCAUAUCUGCGCCGCCCACCUGCUGGUGCCGCGAUCCGGCGGAGGACUCGCUGCUGCUGGGCCUGUCCGACUCGUCCCUGGUGCUGUGGAAUGCCCGGCGCGAUGCCCGCCUCUCUGCCCGCACACCCAUUCUGCCCGCACUGAUGGCCUGGCACCCUGCAGGUGCCUUGGUGGCCAUCGCCAGCCCCCAGGGCGAGCUGCAGUGCUUCGACGCCACCCUGGCACCCGUGGGCUUGCGGCUGCUCGCAGAAGAUCUGGCACCACCCCCUGGCCCCUCCCUCUGCCUGUCUCGACACAUGAAGGCCUCGGGGGGGCUGGUGGGCCUUCAGUGGGCCACGCCCAGGCUACCCGCUACCCCCAGGGCCGACGUCACCCAGGUGUGCGACCUGCUGGGCCUCAGCUUUCACGGGGGACCCCUGGGAGUGCUACGCUUCAAGCUGGGCGCCCUGACCGGUGGCCAGCUGGGGCCAGCAGAGGUGGUUCAGCAGAGGCUCCGCUGCGGGCAGGUGGAGGAGGCUAUAGGCCUGCUGGGGAACAUGGACUGGAGCAUCAUGGGAGCUGAAUGCCACCGUGGGCUGACCGGCAUCUUAGACCACCUGUUCAGGCUGGAACUCAAUGCGCAUACGGAGGCUCGGCUAGAAGCUACUCUAGGCAUGUUCUACGCGUCGUCUCCGCCUCUGUCAGAUAUGGUGAUCCUGGAGUACCGCGACUCCAUCUGCAAGUAUGCCCGCAGAUUUUUUCACCACCUGCUCAGGUACCAGCGAUUUGAGAAAGCUUUUCUACUGGCGGUAGACAUCGGUGCCAGAGACCUUUUCAUGGACAUCCAUUACAUGGCUCAAGAUAAGGGGGAGCUGGUGCUGGCUGAGGUGGCGAUGAAGAAAGCCAACCAGAUCGACGCAGACUUUGCAACCACAGGUCCAGGGGAGGAGCUGUAUUUGCAAGGAACAGGGAGCCAUGGGCGUGACCCUUCUGUGACUGACAGCGUGACGGAGCAACCCAGAGACAAGGCAGCGAAGCGGAAGCCUCCGUCAACGGCCAAUGACAGGAGUCGAGUCCUACCGAGGCCGCACUGUCAAGAAGGCGUGCCUGCCCGGUGAGCAGGCUGUCGGGCCCAGUCUGUGCGCUGAUACUUCCCCGUGGGUGUCAGGAGUGGAACAUCUGGUGAUGUGUGUUAGUGUUUUAAUGAAAGAAACUGAUCUGAGAUCAGUCAUUACUUUUAGUAUAGCAGUUAUACGACAUGGUACACUUCACAUUCACCAGUCGAAAGUCCAUUUCCAACACAGAUGUGCUUUUUCCUUCUUCCAUGUUUUUUGGGAGGGGUACUAAUAGUUUUAGCCCCCCCCACAAUUCAUUUGGCUUAAUGUGGAUCUCUGUGUAUUACUGCAGACUGGCUCUCAGCAUUUCACCCUAGUAGGUGUUUCAUGA